AUGGGUCGAUCUCCGGCGUCGCGAAUCGUCGCAUCGCCAAUGUCCUCAUCGCAUCUGUCCCUAUCAGCACCCUCAGUUGCCGGAGGAGGUGAAUCGGAAGCAUCGUCGUUACGUUACAUGCCAUCAACAUCGAGCAGUACUGAUCAUGCAGCUCUAUCGAGAAACGCGUUCUUGAUUGAUCACAACGCCCUCUCCAAAAUGACAUCCAUCAAUGAACAAGGGAUCUGUCCACUGGAGGAGUACUUAUUUGCGCUGUCGUAUAUAUCGCGUCUUGGGAAUGCAUUGGAAGGGUAUCGACGUGAAUACCAACAUCAGUACCAACGCACUAACAUGCAAACACCAUCGACAGCACACCAUCCAUAUGUGCCAUUCCUGAACCUUUACGUCGCAUCCGAUAGUAUUCGUUUAUCGAGUGUGUUAAAAAUUGCAGAAGGUGAAGACAUUCCUCCAUUGAUGGAUAUUCGUAUAGCUGAACGAUACUUUGAGCGUUGCGUUUCAAGAUUGGGCAAUGAAUUAGCAUUUGUUUCGUUCGUGAAUGCAUGUCGAUUGGCCACUUCGGGCACGUUCUCGGCCAUUGCGAGAAUUAUGAACGCGCAAAUGGAAUGGAAUGAAGAUAGCGUUUGGCGACCGUCGUUACAGUUGACCGUUUGGAGUCAUGAAGGGUCCAAUCCGCGUGCACGUCUUUCAUUGGGCAUUGUUAUUGACCAAACGAAUAUCAGCGUACUUCUUCUGGUCAGUUCUCGCUUUAUCUCUAUUGCGUUGUGUCUCCGACCAACCCGUCCCGAUCCGAACGAGCGCAGUGCAGAUGCGUCGAAGCAUCUUAUUCAACUGAUCUACAACACUCAAACCAAUUCAGUGAUGCGAAGGUGUGCCGCCAACGACGAUGACCCGAGUGGUAUCAAUCAGCUGUUAGCAAAUAUCUCCGAGAAAUAUGCACGUUCCAAUGAACGAUCUUUGUGGCCUGCCGUCCAGUGUUUGGCGCAUAAUUUUGUGCACUCUAAAAAUGUUGUUUCGUAA